AUGAACCACGAAGAGAAAGUGACCAUGGACAUGGUUCCACCAUCUGAUCACCUCUGCUACGUUCGUUGCAAUUUCUGUAACACUGUUCUUGCGGUUGGCAUCCCGUGCAAGAGACUGCUAGACGCAGUGACAGUGAAGUGCGGUCAUUGCAGCAACCUCUCCUUUCUGAGGACCAGGCCUCAACAUAAUCAAAAUCAAUGCAUUGAUCACUCCCUAAGUCUUCAGGGGUUUUACUGUGAUUUCAAAAAGGGCCUAGCAUCUUCUUCAUCUUCCUCAUCAACUAAAUCUCGAGAGCCGGUGUCCCCGAAAGCUGCACCAUUUGUUGUGAAACCACCUGAGAAGAAGCACCGUCUCCCAUCUGCUUACAACCGUUUCAUGAAAGAAGAGAUACAGCGCAUCAAAGCAGCCAACCCCGAAAUUCCACAUCGAGAAGCUUUUAGCGCAGCAGCAAAAAAUUGGGCUAGGUACAUUCCGAAUUCGCCAACCAAUUCAGUUUCUGCGAUUAAAAAUGAUGAGAAAUACCGGAACGGGUUGCUCCCGAACUGGCACAGUUCCUCUGGACCUGUUGAGUGUGCUGUAAAAGGCCAGAUGGAUACUGUUUCUCAUUACUGCAUGAGCAUGAGCUGGGCUGGGCUGCAUGGGCUGCAUUUGCUAUUUCUUGCGGAGUUACUAAGAUUAUUCUACUUUGAUAUGUUGUUUCUUUUUAUCAGGCAGGUGAGGCUUCAGCUUCCAAGGCGGACCGGAGUAGCUAAAGGAGAAGCGGAGGAUUAG